AUGUACGAAGGGAUUGACAACCUGAAAUCCCUUUACGACCGUGCCGGGAAGACUUUCUCCGGUGGUCCUUCUGCGGCACAGGAUGUGCCGUGUCGUACUGCUCAACCAGACCCAGUACGUCGAUCAUCAGUUGGGAGCGGGGCUCCCAAGUAUCCCAGGACGGGGGAUAGCCGCGCCACCGGACGAGAUAACUCGUCCGACGUCCGUCCACGUCGCGGUGGUUCAACAGCUGCUCAACUAGAUAGCGCUGGCCACCGCGAGAUUCCUCUAAUGGAGGUGGAGGAGGAGGGAAGACGCUGUCCAAACUAUCGUGGGGGAGCGUGUGUUCCCAAGAGCGUCUUUGAUCGCGUAACUCUAUCGUUGCGCGGCGACCUCGAGCUUGAGCGGGACAGGCGUCUCCAAAUGGCGGACACUGUCUUGAAGCAUCGAGCUGAGUUUGCCUUUGCUCAGCUUGAGAACGAGAGAGCUCUGACAUCUCUUCGUGACGAGCUAAGGACCCUUGUCGAUGCCCACCAUCGGGAGCACAAGGCUCUCUGCGAGAUGCUUGAGCGCAAGGGCGUUCUUCAUCGGAAGAAGCAGCGUACUGAUGGUACGGCUUAA